GUUUAAUCCCCAGCUCGGAGAAAAAAAAGCAGCUCAAAAGUGCUUUUUUUCUCAGCAAGUCUGAACCAGUCAGCCUGGUGCCUCCUCCCUCCGGCUUACACCCUCCCUCCCACCGCUCCGGAGGAAUAUCCCAGCCGGCUCUAAAGUGCAGCUGGGCACCGGGGGCAGGACGGAGCCAGCCCCCGGCCGGGAGAACAGAGGCGCCGGGAAGUUUUGUGUGCCCGGGGCUGGCUGCACGGCUCCGGUGGCUGGAUUGCCCAGGAUGGGGUCCCCGCACUGGAAAAGGCUUUGCCUUCUGCUCCUGGCAGGUUUAACAUCCUCCCUGCUCCUCUACAGUCACUACCGCGCCACGGUGGAGGCGCCCACCAGCCAAAGGAUCAUCGCCAGCUUGCUGCAGCCAGGGCCACUGGUCCCAGCUCCCUCAGGGACACCACAGGGAGCCAGCAGCCGCAGAUGGGCUCUUGGAGGCAGCUCAGAGAGUGGGAAUUCCUUGCAGCCCUCUGCUGAGCUGGAGGAGCCGGAGCCCAGCAGGAAGCAGCCCAGCCCCUGCCUCCACUCUGUAACGGCCAGAGCAAAGGCAGACCCCAAAUUUCGGGAGAUCUUCCGCUUCAACACCCCCGUGCUGAUGUGGGACCAGCACUUCACCCUGGAGACCUGGAACAGGCUGAAGACACGACAUGUCCCCUAUGGCUGGCAGGGCUUGUCCCUCGCAGUGGUGGGCAGCACCCUCCAGCUCCUCAACGCCUCGGCCAACCGGCACCUCUUCGACAGGGCCGCCUUCUCCGGGGGCUGUGUCCGCUGUGCCGUGGUGGGCAACGGUGGCAUCCUCAACGGCUCGCGGCAGGGCAAGGCCAUCGACAGCCACCACCUGGUCUUCAGGCUCAAUGGUGCCGUGAUCAAGGGUUUUGAGGAGGACGUUGGCACCAAGGUCUCCUUCUACGGCUUCACGGUGAACACCAUGAAGAACUCCCUCAUCUCCUAUGAGGAGUAUGGCUUCACCCAGAUCCCCCAGGGCAAGGACCUGAGGUACAUCUUCAUCCCCUCGGAUGUCCGUGACUACCUCAUGCUGAAAUCGGCCAUCCAGGGCAGCCCAGUGCCCGAGGGCUCGGACAAGGGGGACGACCCACAGAAGUAUUUUGGACUGGAGGCAUCUGCAGAGAAGUUCAAGCUGCUGCAUCCUGAUUUCUUGCAGUACCUGACAGCAAGGUUCCUGCGGUCAGAGCUCCUCAACACCCAGUACAGCUCCCUGUACAUGCCCAGCACCGGCGCCCUCAUGCUCCUCACUGCACUCCACACCUGCGACCAGGUCAGUGCCUACGGGUUCAUCACGGCCAACUACGAGCAGUUCUCAGACCACUACUACGAGGUGGAGAAGAAACCUCUGGUGUUUUAUGCCAACCACGACAUGCUGCUGGAGGCAGCGCUGUGGAGGAGCCUGCACCGUGCAGGGAUCAUCACCCUCUACCAGCGCUGAGCCGGGACGCUGCCCACAGGGGCGAGUCCGAGGACUCUUGUGGCUCUUGUUUCUCCUGAGGGUCACCUUCUCCCUCCUGAGGGCUCUUCCCAGCUGGCCAGCCAGCCCACGGAGCAGGCUUGCUGCACCACAGCCAGCAGUGAUGUGAGGAGAACGGGGAAGCUGAAGCUGGGGGAGGAAUGUUGUUUUCCUCAGGGAUCAGCACCAUUGAAGGUGGCCUUUGGGGCAGCCAUGGCCCUGCCAGCCCCAUGGAUGUGGCUUUGGAGCAGCAGGGGAGAACAGGAGGGGCAGGGUGAUGCUGGAAAAUGCCCUUCACCAUGGUGGGACCACAGCAGGCAGGAGAAAUCCUUGCACCGGAGCUCAGGUGACAAGAGGUGACAUGUCUGGAGAACACCUCUCUCCAGAAAGACAGCAGGAAGUCCCAGCUCCAGCCAGCUGUGUGUGGAUGUGUGCCACAUUCCAGAAGGAUCUCUUUGCCUCCCUGGUCAGUGGCACAGACAGAAGGACACAGUGUGUCCCUGUCACCGUCCCCUUCUUGAGGUCUGGUGUUUUCGGGCAAGGAAGGGGCUCAGAAGCCAUCAGCUACAAGGAGGGUCAGGCAGGUCAGCCAGGACUCCAGGAGCAUGUCCAGGCUCUGAGCAGCCCAGGGGUGACACUGGCCUCAGCCAUGCGUGUGGCACUGGCUCUGUCAGCCUUUCCCUGCACAGGGACUCUGGUGCCUCUGGGAGGCAGCCCCACACCAGGUGGGUCAAAGUGUGGUCACUUUUAAUUUCCUUCCCUAAACCCAAAGGGAGGGGGGAUCCUGAACCCUUCAGCUGUCCCUCAUACACCAGCACUGCUCAGGGACUGGGGGAGGCUUCCCCAGCUGGUGGGGGCUGGAGACAGAGCAGUGUAACCCAAGACACUUUCCCACUUCGUGUAAUUACAUAAAUGUUGAAUGAUUGUUUUCUUUAA